AAUGCGUUCUCUUUAAGAAUGUUAAAAAAUUCAGAAAACAAUUUCAAAUACAGUUUAAAUACCAGAAACUAUACAAGUAGCUCCAAGAAAAAUGUUUAACUUUAAAGACUUUGAAAGUUUAACAAAAUUUAAACUUUCAUUAAAUAAUACAUUUGUAGCAUGUGCCACUUUCAUAUAUUACACAGGAAAUAUAUCUUUUAAUUUAUUACCAUUUGCCCUCGCAACUUAAUUAAUGGCUAUGAGUUCUUAAACAACAAAUUAACUAAUAGAAAUAAAUUUCGACAAAUUAAUGAAUAGAACAAUGAAUAGGCCCCUUCCUUCAGGUCUCAUAACCAAAGAAAAUGCUUAAUUUAUAAUAUUGGCCACAUAUUUAUCUUCCAAUGCAUUAUUUUACAUGUACUAUCCCUUAACUACUCUAUAUGUAGCAAAUACGAUUUAUUUCAGUUAUAUUCUUAUAUAUACCCCUCUGAAAAGAAUCACUUAGUUAAAUACUCCUGUAGGGGCUGUUAUAGGUGCUUUAACUCCUUUUUUAGGUUAUGUGGCUGCUGGGGGUAAUCUUUUAAACCCCUAUCCUUUAUAUUAUUUUUUGUAUUUAGUUUUUUGGUAACAUUAGCAUUUUUUUGGAAUAUUAUGGUAAUAUUAAAAAGACUACUAAAAGGCAGGAUAUAUUAUGUGCACUGAUAAAAAAUAAGCGAUAGGGUAUAUGGGAAUAAGCUUUAUACUUAAUUUAGUAGGAAAUUAUUAUUUGGUUUUUUCAUUGCCGAUUUGUUUUGGGGGUAGUUGUGGCUGUUUUUUAAUAUUAUGUUCGGCAUAUUAUAAAUAUUUUAUUAUUCCAGCUUAUUAGUUUUAUUAAAAUCCUAAUUUUGUUAAUGCCUAUAAACUUAAAAAAGGAUCGUAUUUCCAUAUGAUAGCUUUCUUUACAUUACUUGCAAUCCCUGUUGGGGUCAGAAUUAUAGAAAAAUAUAUUAAAAAUAAUAAAAAUGACGAGGUGUAAAA